AUUAAUUUUAACUGUGCAAUUCGAAUAUUCCGGAAAUUAAUAAUCUUUUGUCCAGUGUUGAUGUAAAAUUUGUGCGAACGUUUCCGUGUUAACCACUUCAUCAGGAUACAGCUCUAAACUGCUCAAAUUAGAAAACUCAUAAAUGUAAUUGAUUCAAGUCAAACAUAAGUAUUUUGAUUAAACAUUUGAAUGGCACUAAGGAAUUUCGAAAAUGGAAAAUAUUUUGUAUUUUCCUAAGAGACUGUUUAAUUCAUGGCGUGGUAGAAAUGUGGGUUUGGCAUUGUUGGUUAUCACAUUAAAUGCAGAAACAGUUAGUAAGGGAAACUGUGUAAACGAUCGGUACGUAGAAGCAGGAGGAGAGUGCUGUACAAACUUCUAUCCGAGCAAUGGUGAAUGUAUUGCCUGUCCCGCUGGAUCUUAUGGAGACAACUGUUCGACAACCUGCCCUUACCCGUCCUACGGGGAGAACUGUGGUCACCAGUGUGAUUGUAGUCCCGGGGAGGAAUGUAGUCCCUUCAAAGGCUGUGUCAAGAUAACUACUGCACCUCCUCCGUCUACAGCCAAUCAUCGCAAUUCUAAUACAGAAUCCAUUCCUAACAUAAGUAUAAAACCAGGAAAAGACAAGAAAUCAACACAGAAUUUUAAGGCGGAAACAAAGCAUGUAACUGACAAUUCAAAAAUAAACUUGGAAAUUAGAUCAACCGUUUCACAUGGAGAUUUUGUCAAGACUACAACAGAAACAACUUCCGGCAAUUCACAAACCAUGCUGGUUAUCAUAAUUACAGGUUCUGUGCUGUCUUUAUUUCUAAUUAUAAUAAUCAUUAACCAGAUUCAUGGAAAAUUAAGAAAACAGAGGGAAAGAAAGUCCACCAACAAGAAAUCUAAUCCAGAGGUUCCCAAUCACCCAGAGGAAGAGGCGUAUGUAGAGAUUAAUGAAAGUGGAUUGUUGGGUAAUAUUUCAAACUAUGACAAAAUGGAGUCCCAGUCAUCAGUAAAACGUCUGAAAAGAAAUGACGAAAUGUUUGAAGUCAUCAAAGAUGAUGUUGCCAAACCCAUGCUUCCUGGAGGGAGAGAUCAACUUAUUGAAAUUAAAUCAAAAGAUUCUAUUGUUGAAGAGGGUCGAUGUUUAGGAGAUGAACAUCCGUCAUCCUAUCUAGAUGUUAUAUCUGUAAACCCAAAUGAAAGUCCAGAUAAUUCCUACCUGAAACCUGUUGGCAAAAUGAAUGUAUAUACAGGUGUGAUUGGUUCACCACCCAAAGAAUUGACACAUAGUGAAAGUAACAUUAGUAAUGAAAGUAAAGGAAGCCAUGACAGCAAUUCUGUUUGUAUCAACGGGCAACGCAGUCUAGAAGGCACUUACCUUGAAGUUGUCCAUCAGUAAUUGUCCAUUUUCCUCUUUAAUUUAAAUGAUAGAGCUGAAAAAUAGAGAUUAAAAAACCAAAAGUUCUUAGAUAAAUAAAAUAUUACUUUGUGAUAAUUACAAAUUGACUAAUUAAAGAGUUAUUUACCUUA